AUGGCCCGUGCUCCGUCUCGUUUCCAUGUCUCAUGGCUUUGGCAGGCCCACCCUGCGGGCUGCCACAGUCAGGGUCCCGAGAAUUGCACGCUCAGCCACUGGGAGGAUUGGGGUGUCUGCUCCAAGCCGUGUGGUGUUGGUCAGAGGCCAGGAGGAUUGCGAGCUUGCUUGCACUAUGAAAAACUAUGUGUUCAGAUGCACAUCAGCAAUGUCCUGCAUAGGAACGACUGCGGCCACAAGUGUGACCCGGGGGUUGCCAAGGAGACCAUGAACUGCACCGGGACCUGCGACUCCGAGUACUACUGCCGCUGGGCAGACUGGUCAGACCUUGGAGAUUGUACGGCCACCUGCGGAACUGCCGUGAAAAUCUUGCAGAGACGGCUGGAAAUCACUGACGAAGCACCGCUCAGUGAUCAGGACUACAACAGCAGUGCUGGUGGACUCUACCUAUUCGCCGGAAGCCGCAGCAUGGUCUGCUCUGGUGAGCAGACGGAGACCGUGGAGUGUGACACACCCAGCUGCGAUGAAGACUGCUAUCCCAAAAACUGCAGAUUCGGCGUUUGGGGCGAGUGGUCCGAGCCGUCAUGCACCCAGCUGUGUAACCGUCACCGCGUCAUUGCUCGACGCAGCAGUUGCGGCGGAAAGCCAUGCGGUGGUGCUCAGACGGAGACGAAGUUCUGCCCACGAGCUCCUUGUGUUGAGGAAGUUGAUUGUACCAUCUCGGACUGGGACGACUGGAGUUUCUGCAUGAAGGAAACCGGAUAUCAGCGGCUGCGGCAGCGGACUAUCCUCGCUCAAGCCCAGAAUGGAGGUAAAGCUUGUGGCACCAGCUAUCCGGCACCUCCGCUGUCCUUGGAGGAGAUUGAGCCUUGUGAAGACUAUCUGGCUUUGUCUGCAAGGAAUGACUGCAAGUUUAGCACCUGGCGCGAGUGGACGGAGUGCACCGCGAUCUGCAAUGGUGGGCUGAAGCACAGGAGCCGUGGGAUCCAAGUUCCACCUGCAGGAGGUGGCACACCUUGUGAGGGCAGCCUCGAGGAGCUGAUCCCCUGCAAUCGGGAGCCCUGUACACAGAGCACGGCGAGGGACUGCGAGCUCUCACCCUGGAGUGAGUGGAGCCACUGCGAUUCCCAUGACCAGCGGGAGCGAUACCGCAUCAUCGCAGAGGAGCCCUCAAAGGACGGGAAGCCAUGCAACGGCACCUUGAAGGAGAUCAAGCCCUGCACGGUUGCGGUGGACUGCAUCCUCAGCCCCUGGACUGAGUGGGACAGUUGCGACAAGUCCUGCGAUGGAGGUCAGAAGCAGCGGCAGCGCCAGGUAGAAGUGAAUCCAAAGCACAGGGGCAAGCCGUGUGACCCUGGCUUGAUCGAAACAGCUGGCUGCAACCAUGAGCCAUGCUCAAAUGAAGAGGUCAAUUGCAAAGUCAGUAUCUGGACAGUGUGGUCGCCAUGCAGCGCCACUUGUGGACCUGGCUAUCAGGAGAGAUCUCGGAGAGUCACUCACAGGCUCAGCCACUGUGGCACGGGCUGCGUCGGCAACCUAACCGAGGUCAAGCCUUGCCACCUCGACCAUUGCGGAAACUGCGACCCCUGCGUCUGGGGAGAAUGGAAGCAAUGGAGCGAAUGCACGCGGCACUGCGGCGGUGGUCAACGCCAUCGAUUGCGCAACAUCUCAUCGUGGCCGUCUCCUGGAUGCGAGCCGUGCAAGCCGCUGGACAAGGCUUGGGUGGAGCCUUGCAAUACCGAGCCAUGCCCCGAAGGGGAGAUCUGCGUUGAUGGACUCUGGGCGGACUGGAGGGACUGGGAGGCGUGUUCCACCUCCUGUGAGGGUGGUGUGCGUGCAAGAGGUCGACACAUGCUGCGGAAGGCUACUGAAUGCGGGAGGAUGCCAGACGGCGACUCCCACGAAGAGGAACCUUGCAACAAGGGCAUCCCCUGCAAGGAUACGCAGGAUUGCAUUCUCUCCGAGUGGACCAUGUGGUCCGAUUGCAGUGCCUCAUGCCAUGGAAUCAAGAAACGGAGCCGUACGGUCCUGCAGCAUGGCUAUGGAUCGGGACAAUACUGUCGCGGCGCCAUGGAGGAGGCGUAUCCUUGCGCGUAUGGCAUCUCCAGGAGUUUGGUCAACUGGGACAGCCCGCACCUCUACCUCAAUCUUGGGGGUGUCUCGGCGAACAACCUUGGCGGCAAAGGCCCCGACUUCCAGGCCGAGAGGGAACUUCGCUUCAAGGGCGCCGCAGCAGACAACUCGCAGACCGUGGACCUGAGAGUCACUGUCGAUGAGGAGAGCAACUACAAUGCAGGGCAGGGCGUGAAGUUCAACGGCCUGCAAGGGAGCUUCGCAAAUAUUUUCGUCGAGCGCAAUUCCGAAGUGGUGUUGAACUUCGAGCUCGUCGACACUGUCACCAGUGAUCCAAUGACACCCGAAGACCUUGUCAUCAAGUUCUUCGACGCCGAUGACGAGCAAGGGAGCAACAACUACGAGAUCACGGCCGUGGAUGAAUGCGAGGAGUUCUACAAUUCUCCAAACCCCGAUUUCACGGUCAUUGGCAGCUGUUCCACCCCAGGGCCCACCACCUUCUCGUACCCCGCUGUUAUCAACAGCUCAACUCGGCGCCUGCAAGUCUUCAACGUCCCGUGGCUUGGGCAGGCUCCAACCGUCAGCGUGCACCACUAUGUUCACCAGCCGGUGGGAACGCAACCCACAGCAGCUCCGACAGCGGCUCCGACAGCGACUCCCUUCAAUGAUAUGGAGCGAGCAAAACUUCUGCAGCAGCAGCAAUCCCAUGUAUAUCAGACGGCACCACCAACACUAGGACCUUGUGCAACGCAGCCUAAUGCGUACUGGCAGCCAACACAACUGCUGACCGAAAAGGAGCAGAAAGCUGUUGCGAUUCGAUUCGCACAAAAGUCCAGGGUACGCAUCAGACUGAAAACUGGUGAACAAGGUUGCGGCCACAACUUCCUCUUCGCCGUGAAGGCGUGCCUGUCUGGGCAUUGUGAUCCCUGUGCGAUGGGAGGCAUCACUUGCGUCUUCAAGUCCUGGGAGCCGUGGAGCUCCUGCUCCCAAGCAUGUGAGGGAGGUGUGGAGGAGCGAAAACGUGGGGUCACUGAGGGCGUUGCUAGCUCACACGGCGGGGGCUGCGAUGGUGCCUUGGUGACUGUGCGGUCCUGCAAUACGCACCGCUGCGGGCAGAGCUGCCUGCCGGUCGACUGCAAGUGGGGCAAGUGGAGCGAAUGGAGCGCUUGCUCCAAGUGCGCUGGACAGAAGACAAGACAUCGCCGGGUGGUCAGGGUCCCCGAGUGUGGCGGGCGGCGCUGCAAGGAGGGUGAUGUCGAGGAGAUUGCAAAGUGCCCUCGGAAUUGUCAUGGAGAGCCAAUUUGC